AUGGUUGCGGGUUCCUGCCCGGAACCUAUGUAUUUUAAUGUGGAUGUGAACAUGGCUGAUGAAAACUUCCAAGAUCUGUUACCGCAUGAAAAUUAUGUUAAAUCACUGGAAUCAAAACCGGAAGAUAAUGUGGAGAUCAAAAUAUCACAAAAUGUUUUAGACACAGAUCAGUUGGUGUGUAUAUCAAAGUCUGAUGGCGAGGGUUCAAUAGAUAUUACAAGCUCUACUAACCCCUCUUUAUUUGUCAGUUCCUCAAAUGUUUCAGAAUCAAGUAUUGGACUUGUUUCUGAUGCAUUGAAUAAUGUAAAUAAUGAAGAUUCUGAUUCCAAAUUUGUUGGAAGAAAUGAAUCUAAUGGUUAUGCUAUAAUUCAUCAAUUUGGAAAUCCGGCUGCUGAAAAUGUAGAUGAUGAUUGCUACGUAGUUGCUAGUUUUAAAACGAGUACUCCUAUCAAAAAUACAAAUCAUGAAACAGACAAAGGGGAACAGAGUGGUGUUUCCUUGGUUGAAUGUGUGGAUUUAACACAAGAUGAACCAGAAGAAACUAAGUUUCAGGAUUCCCUUGCCAAUGAAUUUACCAAAGAUACUAGAUUAUGUAUACUCCUUGAUGUGAUUCCUGAUGCUGAUCCUGACUUCUUAAUGAGGAAGGUAAAUGAAUUUAAGACUGAUGAUGAUUUGCAGUUAUUUGUUUUGAAUGCUUUGGAGACACAAAGCUAUCCUAAAAUUAGCACCGUUGAGAAUAUCCUUUCUAAUGAAACUACCAAAAUUGUUGGAAGGACAACUGACUUACUGAAUGAAGAUAUUUCAAGAUAUAACUUUGACCAACCUUUAGAUUACUCUACUUCCCAGAAGAGAGCCCUUACAGAUGACAAUACUUCAGAUUUUGCUGAUGUGAAUUCUACCAUUUCUAAUUCAUCAGGUAGGAGAGAAAAUAUAUUUGGCCCAACAGUUAUGAAAAUUGAAGCAACUGUUUCUAAAGUUUCACAGAUGAUUUCUUCCUUCGGUGCAGCACAUACAUCCAGAACUCAAGAACUACUGUAUCCUAGUUAUCCGUUACCUGCUAUGAAUAUGCAAUAUCUUUCUCUUCAGAGGGAUAUUCAGCCUAGAAUCACUUCAAUGGGUGCUAAACCUCACACUGUUACUUCUCAAGAAGCUUCUAAUGAUCGUACUGCAUCUAACAUUCCACAAACCGUUACAUCUCAUGCACAAGUUAGGUAUCCAGGAUUUCCAGUACAAGAUUUAAGGGUUUCACAGCCAGGUGUUGAAAGAUUAGGAACUCCCCGUUCAACGUACAUUCCAACUCAUAAUUUUAUUCCUUUCACCCAGACUGAAAACAACACAUCUGCUAAUACAGCUGUCAAUGUUCCUGCUCAACCAGUUCCCCCUCCACAGAUUAUAGCGCCCGUCACUCGUGCACCUCAUGCUACUUUGAAUACUUUUCUUCCACCUAGGCCAGUGGGUGCUCAUAUGUGGACACCUUUGAACAUUAACAUUUUUAAUCCUAUAGACAUCAAUAAUGCUGCCAGAGUUUAUCAAGAAUACAGAAGACAUCGUAGAAAUCACCUUUUCAACGUCCCUCAUUAUUUGGCGCAUGGUAUGAUAGAAGACUUGGUAGGUUCUUUGAGCGAUUUCCCCAAAGCAAAAGAUGAAAAUCCAAGAUUUAAAUUGCUUUCAGAUAUCUUGAUCUGGGCAGAUCCAAAGUUUUUAAGAAGUGAAGCAAAUAAAUUAAAAAGUGAUGAUGAUGUUGAGAAGUUUCUUAUUCGUGCCAUUGCAAAUGAAAAAUUAUGGAAUAAAUGUGUUGUUGCUACAAAUUCUGCUCCAAAAAUUUUACCUGGGUCAGCAUCAGAUAAUAAAUAUAAAAUUUUGUUAGAAUUACUUCCUGAUGCUAACCCAACCUUUUUAAAGCAGGAAUGUGCCAAACUUACAAAUGACGAAGAAGUGCAUGAAUUUGCUAUGCGACUUGGUCGUGAACAAACCUAUCCAAAGCGUAGAAGUAAAAAUGUUUCUAAAAGUAAAGGCAUUAAAAGAAAGCAUGAUGAAAUUAGUGAGCCAGAAACUGUUGACCCGAAGUAUCAAACUUUGUUAGAUAUGUUACCAGAUGCAGAUCCAGAAUUUUUGUUGCAAGAAAGUAAAGUACUGGAAAACCCAGAUGACCUUCAAAAAUUUGUUUUGAAAGCUGUAGAAGAAAAAACUUACCCCAAACGUGACCAGUUCUUGGAAAGGCAGGAAUAUCAAAAACAGUGGAAAAAGUAUAUUGAAGAAUUCAAUAUUAAAGAAUUUCUGAAAGUCAUUCCUAAUCCUGUGAAAUUUUUUUAUAUUGACAAAGUGAAUUCCAAGACCCCUUUGAAUAUGCCUGGAAAAUUUCUUCAGCAUCGCUACAGACGUAAAUGUACUCAUAAUUUUGGUAAUUUCUUCAACGCAGCAAAACAUAAUCUUACUAAAACUUGUGAUAUUUUGGAUGUGCAUUAUCAAACGAAACCAAGGAAAUACGCUGCCUGGGAUCAAAAAACUAUGUUCUCUACUUCUAUUUUACAAGAGAUUGCAUUCAUCCAGAACAAAAAGGAAAUAGCACAUUAUCUCCUUUUUAAAGAAGAAAUGAAAUUAGAAGCUUAUGAGAAGGGAAAAACUGAAGGAACAUUACUGGAAUGUAGUUGUUGCUAUGAAGAUAAACUCUCUGAAGACAUGACGUUGUGCUUGGCGGGUCACAUGUACUGUCUCAACUGUAUCAAGCGUGGAUCCGAAGUAGUUAUUGGUAAUGGUGGAACUAGAUUCCCAUGUUAUUCUGAAGGCUGCAAAGAAGAAUUCUCAUUUGAUAUUUUGAAAACAGUUUUGAACCCAGAGGUUUUUUCUCGCUUGCUUAUUCGUAAACAAUACGAAGAAGUAAAUGCAGCUGGUAUUCCUGGACUAGAAACGUGCAGUUUUUGUGAAUUUUGUUCCAUUCCACCUGCUGAAGAUAAACUGUUUCGUUGUUUAAAUCCUACAUGUAUGAAAGUAACUUGCAGAUCGUGCAAGAAGGUUGAUCAUCUCCCACUCUCAUGCGAAGAGUUUACCCAGAAGGAGACCAGGCAAAAAAUGCAGUCAUAUGUAGAGGAUAAAAUGACUGAAGCUCUUGUAAGGACUUGUUGGCAGUGUGGCACAAAGUUUGUCAAAGAAAAUGGUUGUAAUAUGAUGCAGUGCAAAUGUGGUGCUAAAAUGUGCUACUUCUGUAGACAACCUGUUGAAAAUUAUCAUCACUUCAGUGGGGGAAGGUGUGGUCAGUUUUUGGAUACUACUCGCUCAUGAUUGAGGCUGCCUGUGAUUAAAGUUGGAAAAAGAGGCUAAACAGGAAAUCGAAGCUGCAAAUCCAGGGAGUUUACCUCAUGACCAACAGUAUAUGCUGCUAAGCAGCCAGAGCGCCAAGAAAUUAUGAUGAUUAUUUCUAGUGUGAUGAAUUUGAAUUGUUUGAUAAGAGACCUAUUUUUAUACACAUUUGAACAAUCCUUCAUAUUACAUUCAAUAAUUUCUCUUUUACUUGAUUGAAUGAGCCAAAGGAAGGUAUUAAUCAAUUUGUUCAUGUUUUCAAUAAUUAUCAUUUUAAUUUUUAUUGAAUUAUAUAUGUUAUGUGGAAUUCCAGUAGUUCCAUAUUAUUGAUGUAUUAGGAAAUGUUCCUUUGUCAUUAUGUACACCUACCAAUAAACUGAAUCAGUUUCCAAUGCAAA